UCAUCAUAUAUUGUUUAGUUUCAAAUAUUCAAAUAAACAUGGCAUGUAAGGUUACCCUAAUUAUGUGUCAUUUCUUAGUAGUGGUCGGGUUGAUGAACAUUCCAACACUUAUACUUGCUCAACCACAAGUCCCAUGUUACUUCAUAUUUGGAGACUCCUUGGUUGACAGUGGGAAUAACAAUGCACUUUUAACACAAGCAAAAGCCAAUUACCCACCUUAUGGGAUUGAUUUCCCAGAAGGACCGACCGGUAGAUUCACCAACGGGCGAACUAAGGCAGACAUUAUUGGACAACUUCUAGGUUUUGUGGAUAACUUCAUUCCACCUUAUGCUACUGUAACAAACCCAGAGAUCAGCAAGGGGGUAAACUAUGGUAGCGGUGGUGCUGGUAUUCGUGAUGAAACUGGAAGAAAUCUGGGUGAUCGGAUCAGCUUGAAUAGGCAACUACUUAACCACGCAUCAAUAAUUUCACGUCUUUCCCUUUUGCAACGAAACAAGACAUUUACUAAUGAAUACCUUAAAAAGUGCAUUUACGUGUUAGAAAUGGGAAGCAACGAUUACAUCAAUAACUAUUUGAUGCCCAACAAUUACGUGACAAGCCGUAUCUAUACUCCGGAUCAAUAUGCAGCAGACCUCGUCCGACAAUACUCUAAACAACUAAGGACUUUGUACAAUUUGGGAGCGAGAAAAGUUGCAGUGUUCGGUUUGAGCCUAAUAGGGUGCACCCCAACUGAGAUUGCAAGGUUUGGCACAGAAGGACAACCAUGCGUUCAGCGGAUCAAUGACGCAGUUGAACUAUUUAACAACAAGCUUAAGCCUGCUAUUGAUGAGAUUAACACUAACUUCCAAGAUGCAAGAUUCACUUUCAUUAACAUGACAAGCAUUUCAACACCAGAAGGAGGUUUAGUACCGCCAGGUCCUCCAUGUUGCCAAGUAAGGUCAGAUGGACAAUGCGUUCCGAACUCUAUCCCUUGUCCCAACCGCAAUGUAACUAUUUUCUAUGAUGGUUUUCUUCCCACGGAAAUUGUGAACUCUUUAUUUGCAGCAAGAGCGUAUGUCGCACAAUCUCCCAUGGAUGCUUCUCCUUAUGAUAUCAGUCAAUUGGCUCGCCUUUAAGAUCGAAUGUACUGAUGAGACUUCAUGAUAAUUUGUAUGCAUGGCGAUAAAAAGUAUCAAUGGUGAUAAAUGAUCAUACGGAAUAAUAAAUAAAACUACCUGCUUAUUAUAUA